AUGAUCUUGGGUAGUGACAGUACGGACUGGGAUCUCAAAAGGACUAGCGGCGAGAGUGUCCAGAACGCCGUGGUUAUCUCUAGGUUCUUGAUAGCACGAACAGCGACGUUACAGACAUAUAGACAAAGACAGAUGUACAGACCAGGACGGUUGGUGAACAGUGUACGUGUAGAGAAGAGGAUAGGAAAAGAAACAAAAGACAACGAUUAG